GUCACGCACUCAUGCACUCAGUCAAGCGGCCAUUCAUUCAUUUGUUCAGUCGUCCCUUCACUCUCGACGGAGUGGACGGGAGGCUCUUCACCGCACCCCCGUGUCUGUCCAUCGCUGCGACGUCCAGAUGCCGCCUGGGCUGCACAUCAGAUGCAUGGUCGCUCUCGCUCCGAAAGAGGUAGCGCGGCACUGAAACAGUCACCGCCAUCGAUCGGGACGCUGCAUGACAUGACACAGCGACAACAAAGCGAACAAAGCCGCCGCACAUGCACACAUGCACACAUGCACGGAGGCAGAUGGAUGGAUGGAUGGCAUCGCUCACCUGAGACAGUGAAGUCCUGCGUCGUCGGGAGCUGCCUCUCUGUCGCCUCCUACACAACGGACGUCACGUGAGGUAAUCAAUCAGCCACACACUUAGUCCGUCAGCCAGUCAGUCAGUCAGUUCCAAUUGGAUGCAAUCAAUGCCACCUAUGUGAUGUGUACCUCCGGCUCUCGGUCCGUCGACAUCUCAAGCGACGACACAGCCCUUAUCCUGGGAGACUGAACCAAUAUUAAUGGAGGCGCCUCUCCGCGCCUCGCAGGGCUACCCAGCGGCAGCGGCGGCACCACCGGCCCGCUCCCUUCAUCCCGCUUCGGUGUCGCACGUGUCUCCUCCUCUUGUCGAAGGCUAAGCGGCGGAGGGAGGUGUCGUACAGACAGAGGGGGCGGGGGCGGGGGGCUAUGUAUGUUGCGAUGAGACGAGAGGGUGGUGAGGCUGGGCCCAUAGCCGCACUCCAUCUCCCACGGCCGGACCGUCCCUCCCCCCUGACAUGAAUGACACAAACAAAACAUGGAGGGAGACACAAGUUCGUACGUACGGUCAACACGACAGACACGAUUUCCUCUCACUCACUUACAGGGUAGUAAUAGUGCGUCCCCUUAGACCACCGAUCGGUCUGCGUCUCUGUCUGUAUUGGCGGCUCCCGCGGUGCUCCUCCCGCUUGGCAACGCCCGCCUCCCCGACACAUGGCCUCACGCAGUUUCUUACGGUAUGAGGGCUCGUCAAGCCCUGACCAGGUCGUGUCUCCCUUGCCCUUGGCCCGGCCCCGACGCACGAUGAGGUCAUGGGGCAGCCGUGGCUGAUCAGUGUGGACGCAGCCAAGAAUGAAGCUGUCGGAACUGUCAGUCGUAGGGGCCCGUGCAUAGGUGCGGGUGGGAAGGGGGUAGGCAUGCGCAUGUGGAGCAGGCGGGGGGCGCUGCGGCCGCUGGAUGAGUCGCUUCUCCGCCUCGGUGAGCGUUGGGGGCUGCUCGAGGGCCUCGUGGACGCGCAUUGUCAUGGCUGAGGGGAGAGGAGGGGACAGGAGGGAGAGGAUAGAUAACCAUGGUAGUUGUGAGUGACAAGAAUGAAUGCAUUGCAUGCCAUGCAGUCAGUGAGUGUGUUGGUUUGCAGAUGGAUAGAUAGAUACCCGAUAGAUUGAGGCAGCGAAGGGUUCUCUGCAGCGCCUCCUGCAUACAUACAUACAUACGUACCAGACCAACCAACGAACGAACAAAUGAGUUGAGGGGCAGGCUCACCAAGUCAUGUCUCACUGACUGACUGACUCACUCACUGACUCACUCUGGUUCGCUGGAUGUCGACGUAUAUCAGCCAGUUGGACCAUGCCCUCAGCAGGUUCCUCCUGAACGGUGCGAUGAAAGCAUUCAGGUGACACGCCACAGCCUGCUCGGCACCAGACAACCCCACACCACCACUGCACACACCACACACACAUCCAUACACACCAACAAGGAGAGAGAGAAAGGAUUCGAUGUUGUUGCCUGCAUACACGCUUUACCCGUCUGCGGCGUCUCUCUGGAAGUGUGUCUGCAGGAUGGAAUUGAGGCGGUUCAUGAGGGCGUGCACUGAGGACGAGCGCGACGGCAGGCUGUCGGCGAACUGGUUGAGCCGCACGUGGGCCUUCUUCAUCAUGUGCAGCUGGUGGGCACGUUCCUCUGGCAACACACGACUCGAACGCAGCUCCAGCCUGGACGAGACGAAGAGGUGCAAGCAGAAAGAAACCACACAUUCUUUCUCCUGCCUGCGUCCCUGGGCUCUUACUCGUCGGGCGACGGCGCUUUUGCUCGCCAGCCGCCCCGUGUGCCGUGUCUUGGUGCGCUUGUCCGUGAGGUCCACUUGUGGAAUGCCCCCCAGAGCAUGUCGUGCCUCACACGCCUGGCAACGCCGUGGACGGUGGUCUCGAACUUAACAAUGCCCAGCAGCAGGCGAGAUGCCACCCUCUCGCUUCGAAGGAAGGGCACUCUCCGGGCAUUCUGCCAACGUGCAGAGAGAGAGGUUUGCAGAAUAUGUCCACAUGACUACCAGUCUGAUGAGUGCUCGUCUGAGCCUCCGCUCCCAUGCCAUGGCCAAGGAGCGGUGGAGCAAACACACAGCCUGGUUAUCGGUCGAGUGAAAGGGACACAUUGAUUGCAGGCACAGGACAGGCUGCACAUCUAUCGCUCCCACUGACCUUGACACGCUGGAGAUCGGGCGGUCCGCUGGGCAGGCAUCGCGCCAUGACCCUUCUCACGAUUCCCUCUGGCAGCCUCAGCUCCUCUCUCAGGUGUCUGUCCAGACACGCUGGCAGGGGGAGGGUCGUCUGACCACCGCCGCUGCUGGGAUCGACACGCGGCGGGCCGCUGCGACGGGGCGGCCCUUGGGGGGGCGACCUUGUGGCUGCUGUUGGCGGCCGGAGGUCGAAUGAGGGCGGUGCCAUGGAGGGCGGGGUUUUGGCAGACGGCUCAGAUGGAAUCAGAGAUGGGAUGGAAUAUCCACCCUGGCAGACAGACCAGACACACACAGGAAGACAUCGCAUGCCUACAGUCAGUCAGUUGAUUGAUUCAUUCUUGACGGGACCCAUCCCGUCUCGUCUGUCUCACCGUCGCAGCCUGCUGUGGCGGCCGCAUAUGCACUGCCGGGCCACGAGCCUUCCCCCGCCCUCUCGACAACGCCUCCCUCCCGGCCGGCCGUCUCCCGUUUGAUGGCGGCGAGGGUGUGACUGUCCGCCUCUCUGGGCUCACCUGAGCCGAUGUCUGGACUGGUGUGGCCACGGUUGAGCCGUACUGCGGUCCCUCGGUCCCCGGCAACUGACGCACCGGCGAGGCCGAGCGAGAUCUCGGUGCUGGUGGACCAAACGUGUACUUUGCAACCAGCGGAGGGCCCCUUAGUUCAGUGGUGGUGACCACCUGCUGGCCCAUCGGCAUCGGCAGGUACUGGACAGACGGGGAGACGGGACGCAGAGGGGAAAACGGCUGGGGUCGCUGCGCAUGUUCGUAUGUGACGUAGGCGGGGCCAUAGGUGAAAGGCUGACUGUAGGAAGAAUACAUCGGAGGAUGCAUGUUGCCCUUUGCCG